AGAGCAAUUUUGACUAGAUAAAAAACUAGUCUUCUAAACCACCACCACCACCAAAUAGAAACAUACUUCUUACGAGAACACCAUUUUCCGUCCAGAAGCAAAAGUCCGUCGUCAAUCAUCAUCAUCAUCAUGAAUCCGGCAGCAGCUCCUCGCAGAAGCGGCGGAGUAUUCGAAGGACUAUACAAAGUCCUUAUGCGCCGUAACUCCGUCUACGUCACUUUCGUCAUCGCCGGUGCUUUCAUCGGUGAACGUGCUGUUGAUUAUGGAGUUCAUAAACUAUGGGAGAACAACAAUAUUGGGAAGCGAUACGAGGACAUUUCGGUUCUGGGACAGAGACCAACUGAUGAAUGAAUUGGAUGUGCUUGGAUCACCUGCUGUGUUUGUUUUGUUAACUUCCAUUGAUAUCAGAAGGGGGAAACCUUAUGAAUCUUUUUAAAAUAUUACUUAGAUUCAACAACUUUGCAUAAAAGUUUCUUUUGGGUAUGUUGUGAGAUUCACAUUCUUGCAUUUUCUGAAUAAUUUUUGGCCAUGGUUGUAUUUUAUAUCAAACAAAAACCCAAUACAAAAGUCGGGGUACAUGAUC